GUUCGCACGUAAAGACGGUUUGGUUAGACAUGGCAAAACUCAUGCGGGCAUACGUUUCCCAUGCACUGUAUGCGAUAAAUUGUUCAACGAUAAGUCGCAUCUUAAAAGGCAUAUGAAGAAUAUUCAUGGUAUCGUCAACGUUCCGGCUCACCUCAGACCAAUGCCUGCUGCACCGAUCAUUACACAACCGGUACAGCAAAGAAUCGUUCAGGUUGCUCCAGCUCAAGUUCAGAUUGCACCCCAAAUAUUUGUUCCUGAUGUCCCGGCCGGUGGCUCGAACAUGUUAACCGAAGACGAAAUGUGUAUGGAAGCCAUGGACGAAUUUGAGGAUACAGAUUCUUACACCGUUACCGUCAACGGUAAACGCGUUUCUACGGCCAAUACCGCCUCGGCUGCUAACGUUAAAAGGGUUAGGUUGAAUCUCGUUAAGGCUCCCGGGUUCGUAGAAAUUUUGUCGUCCGCAAAUAGAAAAAUAGUUUGGUACUAUGCUAAAAAUAUCGGCAAUACAACGAUUUAUUCCGACUUUAUCCGACUCCUCAUGCCUGAACUAGUCAUUUUAUUAAAGACCUCCGUACAAAAACAUUCUAUUAAAUUCAACCUGAAGCUCGAAGCUACGUACAACCGGCCCAACGUCCCCAAUUCGUCGGAGAACCGGGCAUUUAAAACAGUGGCGACAGAAAUUUACCCUGACAGCGAUAUAAGAACUAAUGUAGAGAGAGCGUACAUGAAGUUGGUUCAGGAGAAAGAUGACUACAUCGGGAGGGGUAGUGGAUUUACACUGGAGUCGAUCGAUGGGCUGUUGUUGGCCGUGUAUAAAUAUACACCGAUGGGCGGCUCGUCGUAUAUUCAACUACCUGAAUAUAUAGAUAGAAAACGGGGGACCAUCAACCAACAAAACACGGAUCAGGAGUGCUCCAAGUGGGCGAUUUUGGCGAGGCUUGUGGCCGAAAAUUUAUCUGAUAGAUAUAAAUAUUGUGUCGGAGAAAAUUAUAAAAAGCAUGAGAAAAAUUAUAAUUUUAACGGUAUAUCGUUCCCGACACCACUAUCAGACAUCACCAAAUUUGAAAAAAAUAAUAAUAACGUCUCUAUAAAUGUAUACGGCCUCGACAAAAAAUUCCAGGCACCCCGUAAGUACCCAACGUAUGAAGUGUAUCCGUUACGUGUGGUCGACGAAGAAAAAAAGGAUCAUUUCGACCUGUUGUUGGUGACGGACGGCGAAAAUAACUCGCACUAUGUUUACAUUUCGAAUUUUUCACGGCUCAUACGUGCGCAGAAAACGAGACACAAUGGCAGUGUCAUUUUUUGUAAAAGGUGCUUCACCAGCUUUGACAACCAAAAUUUAAAAUUCAAGUUGAGCGGACAGUAGGCCCUGGACCAACAUAAAUUGAUUUGUGGGGCGCACAAGCCAAUUUUACCGGAGAUGCCGAAGGAGGGUGAUUGUGUUGAGUUCAGGGCGUGGAAAAACACGGUUAGGCACCCGUUUGUCAUUUACGCGGAUUUCGAGGCGAUCUUGACGAAGGCGGAGGAGAAAAAAGGGGGGAACACAACAAUUAUUCAAAAUCAUGAGCCGAUGAGUUAUACAUUUUUUGUGAAGGCGAGCGAUGACGUACCGGCGGAAUUAUUGGUUCAACACGAGAUACCGGCGGGGCCGGUAAAACAUAGAGGGGGCGAAAACAGGACGGACGUGGCGAGACAUUUUGUGGAGACGAUAGUUGAUGUGGCCCGGAAAAUUGAAGGUCUGAUGAAGACGAAUAUACCUAUAACCAUUACUGAGGACGAAGAAAAAACACAUAAAGAGUGUAAUGCGUGUAACUUAUGCAAAUGCAUAUUAGCCGGGGGUGGCAAGGUUAGGGAUCAUGAUCAUUUAACGGGCAAAUUUAGGCAGACCUUGUGCUCUAGGUGUAACUUAGAGUUACAACAGCCUAAAUUUGUCCCUGUCUUUUUUCAUAAUCUCUCAAACUACGACUCGCACUUCAUAAUCACUGAACUUGGGUAUGAUACACAGGCGAUCAACGUUAUACCGAACAGUGAGGAGAAAUUUAUAUCUUUCUCGAAAUAUAUAAUUAGUACCUUCACUGUUCGGUUUAUCGACACGUUCCGGUUCAUGGCGUCGAGUCUGUCGUCCCUGGCCGAAAAUUUAGUUACACCCGAACAUGAGAACUUCCGUGAGACAGCCAAACAUUUUGUCGCCGGAGAUAUGCCACUCGUGACUCGUAAGGGGGUGUACCCGUACGAGUACACGGAUAGUUGGGAGCGGCUGGAGGAGACGAGGUUACCGAGGAAGAGAGAAUUUUAUAGUACGUUGACAGAGACCGGGAUUAAGGAGGAAGACUUUGAGCACGCGAAGUUGGUUUGGGACCACUUUGGCUGUACGACGUUGGGCGAGUAUUCAGACCUGUAUCUCAAAAUCGAUGUAUUGCUGUUGGCUGAUGUGUUCGAAAACUUCCGCGACGUGUGCAUGAGGGCAUACAACCUGGACGCCGCCCAUUAUUUCACCGCUCCUGGACUUAGUUUCGAUGCGAUGCUUAAGUUCACGGGGCAAAAGCUGCAGUUGCUGGACGAUUACGACAUGUUGUUGAUGUUCGAGAAUGGUAGACGAGGUGGAUUGGUUCAAGCGAGCAAACGAUAUGCGAAGGCGAAUAAUGCAAAGACCCCGGGCUAUGAUGAGACGAAAGAGAAAUCGUGGAUAGUGUAUCAGGACUGUAUAACAACUUGUACGGGUGGGCAAUGUCCCAGUACAUGCCGUACGGUGGGUUCAACUGGGUCGAACCUACAUUAAACGGACUUGAUGAUUUGAACGACACAUCACCCAUAGGGCGAGUGUAUGAGGUGGAUGUAACAUACCCACAAAAAUUACAUGAUAAGCACAACGACCUGCCUUUCCUGCCGCAAAACAGCGUGCCUCGA